AAGCAAUCGGCUAGGGGGCACCUAGAUAUAUAUAUAAAGGCGCCCGGCGUCUCUCUCGGACAUACCCUGAAGGAACUUCUUCUGGACAGGACAGUUUAUCCCCUUCUAGUGACGCUGCAAGAUGAGAACCUUCGCCAUCAUUGUGGCCCUCCUCCCCCUGGCGCUGGGGUACGGAAUCCGGAAGCCUCACCCAGAGGUGGAACUGCAGCAGCAGGAACAGCAACAGGUGGAGCAGGAGAUCCAGGUGGAACAGCAGCAGAAGAACCAAGGGCAGAUCAUCCUUCUUCCAUCUGAACCCCAGCAGGAGAAACAGGCUUGCUACCCCAGCACAGUGCUCCAAGAAAUCAUCGUCACGGAAACUGUUCCAUCCUACGUCACGUCGACUGUGGAUAACUACGUCACCAGCACUUCAACAGUUCACCACACCGACUACUCGACUGUCGUCAGCACACUUGUCGAACCUUCUUACAUCACGGAGACCGAAUAUAAAACCGAAUACAAGACCGACUUCCAGACCGAAUACGUCACUAAGACUGAGCACCUGACAGAGACCAAGGUUCUCACCGAAACUGAGACCACAAUCAAAACCGUUGAGGUUGUAACAACCGAACCCCAUUACGUCACAACCACCCACUACGUGACCAACACCGAGACGGAGACCGUCCCCCAUUACGUCACCACAACGUCACAGAUUGAGAACUACGUCACUGUCACCAAGGACUGCGUAGAACCCCAAGUUAAGGUUCCGACGAAGGGCGGAUAUGGACGUUAAGAAGGCUAACCAUGGAAAUAUUUAAGGCUCUCAGAUCGACGAAGAAGGCAGUUGGUUAUAAUGGUGCAACCGGGUUAGGUCUAAAAGACAUUUUAUUCCCGAUUUCUUUUAUACGUUAUUUAUAAUAUUCAAGAUUCGACGAUGACAUAGAGAUUUUGCACUUUUUAAAAAUAAAUAGACAAAGCAA